AUGGGCGAAAUAAUUUUGGACGGUGAUACUAAGGAUAAAGAUCUGAGGAGCGAGGACGAGCACAUACCGAAGAGCGGUGCUCACCCGGUUCGGAUAGUUGAAGUGGUUGAAGAUGUUGAUCAUUCAUUUGAACUCAAUGUUGCCGAACUCGAAAAG